CGCUGGCCAAGUGUCAUACUAGCUUCGUCGACUCGUAACAGAGCCGUCAUCCCAACCCUCCGACCCCAAGAGGCAUCGACUAGUCAGCUUGCAUGUGUCUUUUUAAAAGGGAGCAAGAGAGGGUGUUGGGUGAAUGAAUUGGACCUUGUUCCUAAUAGUUUGGCUUUAGUUAGGAACAAAGUAAAAAUCAAAGAAAUUUUAAACCUUUCAAGUGAAGCAUAACAGUGACAUGAAGUGGGGUUGGCUGCUGUUGGGGGUUCUGCUAACUUGUGCAUAUAUGUGCUGGAGCGAGAAGGGCCUGGAGUUCCCCGAAUAUGACGGCAAGGACCGUGUCCAUCAGCUGACCAUCAAGAACUACAAGUCUGUGAUGAAGAAAUAUGACGUCAUGGUCAUCUACUACCACAAGGCUGUUGGCGAGGACCGCAUGUCCAGAAAGCAGUUUGAAGUGGAGGAACUUGCUUUGGAGUUGCUAACAAGCCCCGCCGCCCUGACGUACCAGCUUGCUGCCCAGGUGCUUGACGAUCUUGAUGAUGAGGACAUUGGAUUCGGCCUGGUGGAUUCAAAGAAAGACCGAGCUGUUGCUAAGAAGCUGGGUCUGCUGGAGGUGGACAGCAUCUACAUCUUUGCCGACGACGAGGUCAUCGAGUACGAUGGAGAGCUGGCGGCCGACACGCUGCUGGAGUUCCUCUACGAUGUGAUCGAGGAGCCUGUGGAGAUCAUCAGUAAUGACCGAGAGCUCAGAGGCUUCCAUAACAUCGAGGAGGACAUUAAACUGAUGGGUUACUUCAAGAGCGUGAAAUCUUCACACUUCAUUGAGUACGAUGAUGCAGCUGAAGAAUUUCAUCCCUUCAUCAAGUUCUUUGCCACAUUUGAGCCAAAGAUUGCUAAGAAAUUAAAUCUGAAGAUGAACGAAGUGGAUUUUUACGAGCCCUUCAUGAACAACCCCGUCACCAUCCCCGGCAAACCCUACAUGGAGGACGACAUCGUCAGCUUCAUCGAGGAGCACGACAGGCCAACUCUAAGAAAGCUGGAGCCCCACAGCAUGUAUGAGAUCUGGGAAGAUGAUAUUAACGGACAGCACAUCGUGGCCUUUGCUGAGGAGUCUGACCCUGACGGUUAUGAAUUCCUGGAGAUCCUGAAGGAAGUGGCUCAAGAAAACACAGAGAACCCAGACUUAAGCAUCAUCUGGAUCGAUCCUGACGACUUUGCCCUGAUGGUGCCGUACUGGGAGAAGACCUUCGGCAUCGACCUCUCGUCUCCUCAGAUCGGCGUGGUGGACGUUGAGGACGCUGACAGCGUGUGGAUGGAGAUGGAUGAUGAAGAGAACAUGCCCACCGCUGAUGAGCUCGACACCUGGAUCGAAGACGUGAUGUCUGGAAGAAUCAACCCUGGUGAUGAAACUGACUACAACCAUGAUGAUGAUGAAGAGGAGGAGGACGAAGAUGAUGAUGACGACUCCAGUGAUGAUGAAGAUGAUGAUGAUGAAGAUGACGAUGACGACUCCAAUGAUGAUGAUGACGACGAUGAGGAUGAUGAGGAGGAUGAAUAAAUGAUCUCAGACAUACGCUCGUGUUUGAGAACUCAUCAGUGUGUCUGUGUUCACACCGUCACAGACUGAGCCGUCCUGUCUCUGCCGUCUGGAGGACGUCUUGUCUCGUUGUUUAGCUCUGCACCACUUGUUCUUCAGGAAAAUAAACGUUGUAUUUUCAGAUCACUACACCUGCUUCUCUGCCAAUGAAACGCAUCUAGUGAGAACAUGUGUGGUGUUUGUUAAACAAUAGCAAAGCCUUGUAUUAUUUAACUAUAAACUAUUUUAAUAUUUUUUAUUGACUUUUAGAGCAGAAUAAAUGAUGCUCACUGGAAGGUCUUAAAUAAAAGUUAAAAAAAAAUAAUAAUAAAUCCUUGUUUUUUUUUUUUUUCUUCCAACAUAGAUGCAAU